AUGAUGGGUGCAUGCAGCAGCAUGGAGGAGUGUUCGUUGCUCUUGCGCGACUUUGGUGGGUCCUUGAACGGAUUAGCUCGUUCUGUCACGGUCAACGGAUCCCCCAUCAGUGGAACCUGCGUGACGACACCGCCUUUAAACCAUUUUUGUGAGGCCACACACCUUGAGGGAGGAAGCUGUGCGCACUGUGUGCCUCGAGGUGACUGGUUAAGCGCUCCCUUUCCUCCCACAACAACUGUAAGCUCACUCGCGCGUCAGCUGUUCGCAACUCCGACAAUUGCAGGCGUCGUAAACAACCUCGAGCUGGGCAUUCAUAAUACUGUCCACAACGCUCUCUCUGGGGUUAUGGGCGUCUUAGAAGCGCCAGCCGAUCCAAUCUUCUUCUCGCACCAUGCCACCAUUGACCUGCUGCAUUCGAUCUACUACAAGUGUGUAGUGGGUAACACUGUGCCGAUUCCAUUGGAGCAGAAACUAAGAGAUCCUCGCGUGUACACAGAAUGCCCGCGACGUCAGCCUCUUCCGGUGAAUUCGAUGGAUCAAAACUUCCUUUUUCCAGAAUCCAUCGCCAUGCUACGCACGGGUGAAGAAGGAGUGAACCCCUCGUCAGUGUUUUCGCGGUUCAACACCCUAGCACCAUUCUUCGCAGCUCUCCCUUCAGAAUACCUGAGUUACUCAGACAUUCGCGAUAUUGGUGCUUUCAGCUACAACUAUGAAAUGACGGGACUGCUCGCCGAAAUGUUUGUGACAUGUCCUGGUGCUGGAAUCGAGUCCAAUGUGGCUAAUUUGCCAUUCCGCCAGCUUGCGAGCUCCGCCAACGACACGUCGUAUAAGCCGGGGUUUGUGGAAGCAGUGAUCAUUUCUAGCAAUAAAACGGUGGACAAUUGGUACAGCGAGGCGCUAGCAGCAGCAUUGAACAGUUCGUCGAUUGAAACCGUGAUGGCAGAUGCUUCACAAGACGCCCUCGCGGCGAUUGAAGAUGUGGAAAAGAUGACCUGCGUCUUUUAUGACGAGUGUCGUGACGGAGUGCAUGAUUAUAGUGACGGUUUUCGUCAGAGCUUUCAUACGAGUGAAUCGUCACCAUGCACUACCAUCCUCGCCAACAUCAAAAGUGGUCUUGACCGUAUUCGAACGCCAAACUGGCGAUCCAUCUUUUAUCGUCACAUGAAGUGUGAUCGAAAGUGA